AGGUUAUCGGGACAAUCUGGCGAGAGUUCUCUGACGCAUGGUUUCAAAAUGGCUCCCCAACCUGACGUGGUCGUGAAAGUUGAAAAGGGAAAAGGAAGUACGGCUGGUGCAGAAUUUAUCAGACCGGGAAAUGUACAGAAGAAAGGAGUAAAUGCUAUCCUUCUUGGGCCACCUGGAGCAGGGAAGGGUACCCAGGCCCCAAAAUUAGCAAAGGAAUACUGUGCCUGCCAUCUUGCAACAGGUGACAUGUUAAGAGCUGUUGUUGCAUCAGGUUCCAUGCUUGGAAAGACAGUGAAACAAGUUAUGGAUGCUGGAAAGUUGGUCAGUGAUGAACUUGUUGUCCAAAUGAUUGAUGAAAGCCUAGCAAAACCAGAAUGUAAAAAUGGAUUCUUAUUGGAUGGAUUUCCAAGGAAUGUCACCCAGGCAGAGAAGCUUGAUGAGUUGCUAGAAAAGAGGAAGACUUCAUUGGAUUCUGUUAUUGAAUUUGGAAUAGAUGAUGAAUUGCUUGUAAAAAGAAUCACUGGAAGGUUGCUGCAUCGAGCGAGUGGUAGAACAUACCACACAGAAUUCAAUCCUCCAAAAGUAGAGAUGAAGGAUGAUGUUACUGGGGAGCCACUGGUAAGGCGCUCUGAUGACAAUGAAGAAACACUGCGUAAACGUCUGGUCACUUAUCAUGCUCAGACAUCACCUCUUGUCGACUAUUACAAGAAGCGCAAUCUUCACACAAGAGUAAAUGCAUCAUUGGCACCCAACUUGGUUUUUGCAAGUAUUCAAGCUGCAUUUGGUGCUGCCAGGUCACAACAAGCAGCUUAGGACUGAAAUGAUUUUUAUAAUUAACACUAUCUCUGCUCUGCUGAUUCAUGAAUUAAUCAAAUUGAA